CAUCGCAGAGCUCAUGGAAGCAGCGGAGGAAACUCUCACUUACCGAGAUGGCCCCAGACCUCACAGGACGCUGCUCCCAGGGGACAAGCUUAUUAAGGGUGAUACCGGGGGACAUAUUGAGACAAAAAGUGAGUCCAACUAUGUAGAUUUGGACAUGAGACCGGACGGAAACAAGACUGUGAAAGUGACAUUCACCGGCGAGGGGAGCCAACUGUCUGUCAAAAGUGACGGAUCCAGGCAGGGGGAACGCAAACCUGCCCUGGAGGAGCGCCCCACGGGAAACUCUUUAGACAUGGCUGGUGGUGUUGCUGACCCAACUCAAGCCGAGGAGCAGGACUCCGGGGAUAGGGUCCAGAGUGAGUGCAGUGAGGGGGAUGACCUCCAGUACACGGACAUGUAUCUGAACAGCCGAACCGAGUCUGACGACGGCACCAGUGUGGCUUUGUCUGACCACAGUGGCACCGACACGCUGAAGGACGAAUCUCACUACAUCACCACGCAUGAGAUCCAGCUGACAGAACUCGACCACGACGUUGAUUACGACCUGGGCCGCGGUGCCAGCUGGGAUUUUGAGGACGACAAUUUGGUGUACUCCUUUGUGGAUUACGCCUCGUUUGAAAGCAACAAAACCCGAACCGGGACGCUAAUCUUGGAGGGAAAACUUGGCGUGAGUACUGAGCAGGACGACAGCGAUCUGUGUGACUCGGAUAAAUGUGCCAGCUCGGACGAAAGCCUGUGUAAGAACCACAUGAUUGGAGAUGCUGCUUUGGGGAAAAUCCACCUAUCGAUUAAAACGUCCAGAGAGGAGCCUGUUGGUGUUGUGGAUGAGGGUGCCAAACGCUUCUCUUUUGUGAGAACUGGACCAUUAGGAGAUAACAGAGCUAAAUAUUUCAUCCCUGCUCCGGGCCGCCAACACCUUGCAACCAAACUUAGACGGAAAGACAUAAAUGAGUAUUCCAGUGGCGCCUCCAGUUCCAUUAGCGAACUAGAUGACGCUGAUAAAGAAGUGCGUAAUUUAACUGCCAGGUCAUUCCGGAGCUUGGCAUGCCCCUACUUUGACACGAUUAACUUAAGCACCUCCAGUGAGUCGUCCAUGUCGGAGUAUGGUCUAAACAAGUGGUCUGCUUAUGUGGAUUGGAAUUAUGGACGCAUUCCGAGAGGGGCAGAGCGCAGCGUAAUUGCGCACAAGACCUCCAGUGCCACACUGGAAAUGAACCAGACAGCGGAGAGUAAAACAGCGAAAGCAGCACGAGCGCAUCAGAGGCUAUCUGUUGGUAAAAAGGCAGAGCUAAAAGACCAACAAGGUGUCACUUUGAAUGUGCAGUGUAAUGUAGAAGCAACAGCAGCAGGAACAAGGCGACCUAAAAGCACCAGGAACAGGUCCAGUGAGGCACAUGGAGCGGUGUUGGCUAGGUCAGGAUGUGAGAUGCAGUACCACACCGACAGCACAGGAAACACACACAAGAGAGCCAUCUUUGCAUCCAGCCUGCUUAAAAACGUCAUUUCCAAAAAGAUGCAGUUUGAGCAGGAGCGUAAGAUGGAGAGAGGAGAGAUUUCCGACACAUACCCGGCGCUAGUCUCCCCUUGCUUUCUGGAGGGGGGCAAAGACAGGAGUGCAGCCAGGGGCUUUCAAAGGCAGAACUCUGAAUCGGGCUCGGGUUUCACUAAUUCUGGAGACGACCUGCCUUUAGAGGGAGGUAGUAGGCCUGCUUCUUGUGAGCCCACAGAGGAGCAGAAAAGCACCAAGGUUGUAGAGGAUUCCUGUGAGAGACCAAAAGUGGUCCUCAGCCACAGUCAAAGCAGCGCGUUUAAUUCAUGGAAGGAUGAAGGGGCUGCCAAGGAGGACUCAGACAGGAGCAACAUGCUAACUAAACUCCUGUUUGUGCCGAGCUGGCAGCGUUUCUCCAAAAACAAGGAAGCUGUCAACUCCGACGUGUCUCAGACAAUGCUCAAAACCGGAAACAUGGAGAGUGAAAGCGACAAGGGUGCAAAAACACCCGAGAUCAAAAUAUGUCUGAGAAGCGUGAAGGAAAAUAAAGGAGGGUCGCUGAACAUUGCCAGCCUGUUAACCCCUAAAAUAAACUCCAACACUGUUAACACUUUUAGGGCCGCGGGCGACGCCAAAUAUCACAUCUUGUCUGCUUCUGAUAAGAUCCCAAAUUUUACCGUCAGGGACAUAAGACACACCAAGUGUAAGUUCCAAACACCGAUUUACCGUGUCCGAGACGUGCGCAAAUUGGUCAAAAGCUCAUAUCACUUUGUUUCUUUGGAUAACAGUGAUGGUAAAGGCGGCACAGCGGAAGCAGCUGAUAAACUAGAAGACACAACUAAGAAGGAGCCAGUAAAACAAGUGUCGCCUUCUCCCAUUGUAAUUAAAUGCCACUCAGUAAAAACUAACGUCAAAUCACAAAAAGAUGACGACGUGCCCAGCAAAGCGCCACCUGUGGCCGCUAAGCAGUCAAAUGCUGACCAAUCAGAAGCUGAAAAACUCUUAAAGCAAAGGCAGGAGAAGUUUGCAGGAGAGGCGGCCGAGUGGAGAGUGGAGGCGAGAGUUCCCAAACAGGCUGCGCUGGAGAAACUGAAAGCUGCUGUUAAAACAAUGGAGCAGCUUUACGUUUUUGACCGCAAUGAAUGGAAACGUAAAGCUGAACCCCCACAGCCGAUCACAGACAGCCAUGUGCUGUCGCUCAUUGCCAGUGAGGAGCAAGGAGCCGAAGAGGAAGAAACAGCGGCAGAACCCCAAGAGGAAAACUCCACGAACGUCGUACACGUCCCCUGUGUUGAUGAGCCGCAGCAGCGCAAAACCUUCAGCAACAAAAGCGUCCUCCAUCUUGGCAAAAGCAACAAGGUCAGCAUUAGUUCGGCGCUGGCUAGCCCUAUGAAAAGCUGCAAGGCGCCACUCUCGGUGAAAAUAGAACCUCGCAAACAAGGGCAGGUGGAGCAGAGAAAGCUCCAAAUGAGUCCCACUAAUCCCAGUGUCACGCCAAGCGACUCUGAGAACUAUUUAACCAUACCGGGCCUGGGCUACACCAGUGACAUCAAAGUGGCCAACAGGGAGGCAGCCUGCACUGAAGUGAAGCCAAACAUGUGCCAACAAGCUGACAUGAAGAGAGUAUUAAUGGCUGAGUAUCCCGCUUCUUCUGUCUACCAUCAGCCUGCAGGAGCUCCACAAACACAGCAGGUGUUGUGUUUCUCCCCGCCUAUCACCACACUAUCACCUCCACCUUCUACAGCUGAAGCAGGCCUCCAAACUCAGCGUAAAAUGCUUCUGGACCCCACCACAGGACAUUAUUACCUAGUGGACACACCCAUACAAGCCCCCACCAAGCGACUCUUUGACCCAGAGACAGGGCAAUACGUAGAUGUGCCCCAUUCACCAGUGGCGCCCAUCGCCCCCGUCACUCCUGUGCCCCUCUCUUUGCCGCCCCUCGCCCUCAGCCGGGGAGCUUACGCACCCACCUACAUGAUUUACCCAGGAUUUAUCCCCUCACCUACGCUGCUGCCACAGUCGCCCAGUCACUCUGAGCAAAGCGAAAAAGCCUUAAAAAACACCAAAAUUGCAAAGCAGGAAGUGAAGGAGAGCCCGUAUUACAGCGCCACAGCUGAGGCCCCGCCAACGCCCUCCACAGGGGGUGCAGCGAGCACGGACAGAAAGCCGAUUAUCAGCAUCACGACACAACAAGGUCCAAGAAUAAUCGCACCGCCUUCCUUUGACGGGACAACAAUGAGCUUUGUAGUGGAGCAUCGGUGACCAAGGAGCCAUCUCAUUGCACAUAAAUCUCCACAAAGGACUGUGCCUUCAAUCACAACCAGCUAGCAAAAUAUGCUGAUCAAGACACACAGUCAAUAGAUAGCAUUGUAUUCUUUAGGCAUGGCAGCACUUUGCAAGGUAAUUUACUGGCUCAUGCUUGAUGAAUAAGAUAACGAUAUAACAUAAAGACGUCUACUCUAUCAAGGACAGGGACCAUUUUUAUUGAAUAAAGUCACUUAAGUGCACUUACACUCACACAUGAUUGAUAAUAUGUUUUCCAAAUAAAAGCAUGGCUGCCAGAAUGCUGUUUCCUCCUGCACUAGUGUAGCUCAGUAUGAACUGUGUGGACUGUGUUUAUCAUAAGUGAAUCAAGCCUGCACCUUAAAUAACACUCCGACACAACAAUUUGUGUCGGAUGAACAGAUGGAAGACCGGAGCCGGGACUCCUGUUUGAUGUUUAGGGGAUAAAAACAUCCUCUAUUUGUGUUUAUUUUAUUUUUACAUGUUUUAUGUAACAAGGUUGAGUCUACUUUGUGUGUGUGUGUGCGUGGGUGUGUAUGUGUGUGUGUGUGGUGGCUGCACACAUGCAGGGUUAUUGGCAUUCUUCAGAAGACAAGUCAUGUUGCUGCACUGUGAACAAGAAUACAUGUGCGGUAUUAAUGAGGAUUUUGUAGGAAUUCGCACCAAAAAAACCUUUCUGUACAACUUCCGACUAAAUUAUUGUGAGAUCAGGUCCUUUAGUUAACUGCGCCUUAAAGAAAAACUGCACUUUUUUUGUGACUUUUGCACAUCAUCAAUAAUCCUUACGUUAGACUUGAACACGUAUGUUUUUCUCUUUUCUGUGCUUUCUCAAGAUAUAAAAACAGCUAAAAAGAUGCAGCUAAGAAUGCACAUAAUGGGAAGCACAUAUUCCACCUAUAACACUUUCUGAAAAAAAACUCCAAAAACCGCCAACAACGCUCCAUUUGCAUAUAAUGUGACGUGCAUAUUAACCAAGCUACAGCGACAUUGUUAUUAUUAUUAUUAUUAAGAUUGUUACGCCAAAGAACUACGUUGUGGUGUAAUGACACCUUGCCGCACCACACCAGCUAGCUACUGUACUAGCUUUCACCACACACUUGCUCAGAGCGCCGCGCUCACAAUGCCUUAGGCCACUACCGAAAGGUAACGCCACAUAUUGGAGCUGCUGCUACUGUCGCUGUGUUUUUAUUUUUGAGUUUGGAAAAGUUGACGCUAGGUGUAGGCGUUCGUUUCUAUGUUGCUGUGUGAAAUCAACGCACCCAGGAAGGAAGUUCCGGUUAUGCUUAAAAGGACCAAAAUACGUAUUCCAUGUUAUCAUGAAUGUGCCUGUUACUAGAUGGUCUCGGCAUGGAUAUAAAACCAUAAAACACUGUUCGAGGUUUUUGGAGGUGUUUUAAUAGCAGGCUUUGUAGGCGGCAUAGGUGUCUGCCAUUAAUCUGUUUUUGCUGUUUUUAUAUCUUUAGAAUGCACAGAAAAGAGAAAGGCGUGUUCAUGUCUCACAUAAGGAUUGCGGCUGAUGGGCAAAAUUCCAACAAAAGUGCAUUUUUCCUUUAACUUCUCUCAUUUAACUUCUCUCACAUAAUUGUACUACAAAUGAUACACAACAUCAUCCAGACUAUUGUUUUAGCAGGUUUCCAACCUAAAGGUAAUUGGAGCUGCUGGUCAGACUAUUUGCCUUCCAUCAUGUAGAAUACACACUAGUUGAUUUAAAUGUUAAUAGUCACUGGGUUCAUUUGGAGGUGCACUUCACUUGUCUUCACAACAUCUGUAAUGUGGGAGUCAUUCAAAUAAAAUAAUGUAUUGAUUACUAGAAGCAUUUAAAUCUUGUUGGUGGUGUUUUACUGCCAGGUUGUGCAAAGGAAGGAUCAUUGUGAAGGACUGAAUUAUUUAUUGUAAAGGUGUAUUUUAUCUGGUGCCCUCUUCUAUAUGCCCAUACUGUAUGAACAUAAAGGUGAUAAUGCACAUGUUUUGUCUGCUGUAUCAUGAUGUUGCUAUUGAUAUUCAUGUACUUGGUGCACAUGAAUUGUCACUGUCUGUACACAUGAACUGAAGAUUGCAGGAACAUAUUUUCCCCCAUAACGCCACAGUAUAACAUAAAUAAAAUGUUCUUUAAAGUGGACUAAAACAAAACUGCUGACUUAAAAAAGAUGAUUGCAAAGAAAAAGAGGUUAGUGAAAGUGAAAUUGGUUUAAAGCAAGUGCAAGUAGGAGCUGCUGUGUUGUAGUGAUUGGUGUUGUUUUAAAUAAACGCAUCACGUGAGCCGUGUGCAAGAUGCAGACUAAGGUCAAAAUGAUUG